AUGCCGUCUUUACCAUACACACUAGCGGGAGCCUCAUUGCUCUCAACAUUCAUUGUCACCAUCCUGAAUGGAAUCUGUUUUGCAACUUCACAAGCCUCCGCUGAUGUGGUCACAAUUAUCCUUAGUGCAAUGGGGUGUCUGGCUCUGAUCACUCUUGGUCUACUGCAUCACAAGAACAUCCAGACAGGCCGUGUCCUCUGCACUUAUCUAACCGGUGGGUAUCUACUCAUCGCCGCGGUUUCAUCAGCCGGGGCAAUGGCAAUGAGUCCUCAAGGCACUGUGUUCGUGGCUCGAUCUGUCUUCUGGGCUCUAUCAGUCUUUAUUCAAGGCCUCUACUGUGGAUACAUCACCACGACCCUCUUUCAAGUCCAGUCCAACCUCGAAUGGCCACGAUCCUACAGCCACGAGCUCAAAGACAUGCCUGAGAGCCCCAAGCUUCUCCCAACACCACCACGAGUCUGCGAUCUCUCCGAACUAUUCGAACCCAAGCGAACGUCACUUCGCAAAUUUCCCCGGCGCUCCAGCCGUUACUCCGACGCAACACUCUGCCCAUAUGAAAAAUCCGAAACCAAAAAUACUUCCAUUGAUACCACAUGUACACAUUCACCCCCAUCCCCAACAGACAAGACACCUCCAGCUCGACCCCUCCGCGGCAGCACCAGCAUUCGCAGCAUGUCCAGUUCUCGCCGCAAUGCCCCCACACCACUCUCUCUAGACAGCACUGUGCGCCCACUACCCUCACCAUCAUCCACUCUUAUCGAUUCUCCAACUACAAAACCCGUCUCAAACCCCAACUCAACCUGGGAGUACAAUCCUUUCCGCGAAAACAACAUCCACCCUCUCUUCCGCUCCAACAGCCCUUGUCCAUCGCCCACCUUGAACCCGGGCACCGUUGUCAAGGCCUCUCCUUCGGCCGGUCAAACCAUCCCGGCCGGUACGAUCACUCGCAUGCGCUCUGCACGGUCGCUGCGGGAGAGUAGGACACCCUCGCCGCUAGAGGAGAGGAAGAGUGUGCGAUAUGACUUGAACGAAUCCCCUUACGAAAAAUGA